AUGGCCGAGCGGUCUAAGGCGCUGCGUUCAGUGUCGUCCGAGUUCUAUUCAUCAGAGAAGCAAGCUGACUGGGAGAGAAUCGUAGGCGGUACUAAGGCCGCCAACGGCUCCUAUCCCUACCAGGCUUCGCUGCGGGUCUACGGCGUGUGGCACUUCUGUGGAGCCUCCAUUUUGACCCCUAGGGUCAUUCUCACAGCGGCACAUUGUGUGGAACGCAUGCGCCCUCAAUACCUAAAAGUGGUCGUCGGCACGAACCAGCUCCUCGCCGGCGGGACGCCGUACGGAGUCCGCAAGAUCGUCUACCACGAGAACUACGACAACUAUGAGAUCGUCAACGACAUAGCUAUCGUGUUCACGCAGGAGGAUAUUGAGUUUAGCAGCACAGUGGACGCAAUAGAGCUCAAUGAUGAGCCGGUCGAGAAAGGGGAGGAUCUGAUCUUGACGGGUUGGGGGACGACUUCUUACCCCGGCCGUCUCCCUAACGACCUGAUGCAGUUGGAACUGAAAGCCAUCACAUAUGAGGAGUGCAAGAAGGCCCACGAAAACAUCAACGCGGUCUACGAAACUCAGAUAUGCGCGCUGACUAAGAGGGGAGAAGGGGCUUGUCAUGGAGACUCUGGCGGGCCCCUAGUCCGCGAGGGCCGGCAGAUCGGCGUCGUGUCGUGGGGCAUUCCCUGCGCAAGAGGCAAGCCGGAUGUCUACACUAAAGUGGAAGCUUUCAUGGGUUGGAUAGAAAAGACCCUCGGAGACGAUGAUGAGGACCACUGGAGAUACAUCAACAAGAAAAUGGAGGAGGCUGGAAGAAGGAAGACCAACAGACACCGGAACACCCGCUUUUAACCGACAACUCAAAACCGAUCCGUUCAAAGGCGUUGGGAGAUGACUACGAAGACCACUGGAGAUACAUCAACAAGAUGGAAGAGACUGGAAGGAGGAAGAUUAACAGACACCGGAACGUCGAUUUUAACCGAAAAUCAAGGCUCCGUAACGGUUAAAUUUCCAAACCAAUAUUUACUUGGCGCAAAUCCUUUUAAUUUCGGUUACGCUCGAAAACCCUUUACUUUUAAACCGGUUUUCAUGAGAACAGUUCUUAACAAAUUAACCGGUUUAGUAAUAAAAACAGUUGAGUCGCUCGUCAAUUAAACCGGUUUUUCAGGUUAAAAUAAAGUUCAUUCGCGUUCGCGUUCAUAUAAAAGUUCAAAGGAAAACCGAAAUAAACCGGUAUUUACCGGUAUUUUAAAAAUAUCGGUUCCGAGCCAUGCCGACAAUCCUGAAAGUCCGAUCAACCUAAAGGUUCCAAAUCUGUACCAAUUGAACAACAAUUUAACUGAUCUGAUGAUAGGUUUGCAAUCCGGAUCUGAAAUGUAUGAAAUUAUCCGGAUUUGGAUCCGGAUCCGCGGAUCUUCCCAUACAUUUCAGAUCCGUCGUACAAACCUUAACCGUAGCCCAUCAGGCUGAUACUGAAGCUAGAU